AUGCUGAAGGUCUCUGGCCUCUUCAUUCUCCUCUGCGGGCUGUUUGUCCCAUCCUCUCAGACCAUACCUGUAGAUGCUUCCCAGAUCACCGAUGCUUUGACCCAAGAACUUAUCGACAAGAAAUUCCUUUCUCUGCUGGGUGCUAUUAACCUAGACGGAUUACUGAAUACCAUCCUCAGCAAAGUAACAGGCCUCCUGAACCUCCUGACCGGCUCACUCCUGGGGAACAACGUUGCGAUAAUACGGCUGCAAGACCCUCGACUCCUCCAGCUCUCCCUCCACUUCACCCCUGGUAGCAAGGAGGUUGAGUUAUGGAUACCGUUCUCAUCUUCCUUGUAUGUGAAGUUGUCGCUUCUUGAUCCCCUCAUACUUAACCUGCAGAUAAAUAUCAGAGUCCAGCUUCUUCUGGAGAGCGGCAUAGAUGGCAAAUACCGACUUGUUGUUGGGCAUUGCAGACUCUUGCCUGAAACUAUACAGCUCCAAUCUGGAACUCUAGUCCUCAUCCUGACUCUUGCGUAUUUCCUUGUCUUUCAGCUAUGUCCCUUCCUUAAUUCAUUGCUCUCCAACCUGGAUCUGCAGCUGGUUAAUGAUCUGAUUAAUCUGAUACUGCAGAAUGCCAGCCUCCAAGUUGGCGUCUAA